ACAGCGCAAACGGUAGCAGCUGGGCAGAGGGCAUCAACGCGCAGUGCACAGCUCUGUUCACGAGGAGGAUGCGCGUCUUCGCUGUCAUCUGGGCCAUUGGGUUCUUCUUGAAGGAAGCGCAAGCCUGGGGCUUCAGAAAUGGAAUAUUUCAUAACUCCAUAUGGCUGGAGCAAGCCGCUGGAGUCUACCACAGGGAAUCGCGUAAUGGGAGAUACCAGCUGACUUAUAAGGAAGCCAAGGCUGUGUGCAAAUACGAAGGAGGGAAACUUGCCACUUACGAUCAACUGGAGGCUGCUCGUCAGAUAGGUUUACAUGUGUGUGCGGCUGGAUGGUAUGACAAAGGACGUGUGGGCUACCCCAUCGUCAAAGCCGGUGCCAACUGUGGUUUCGGCAAGGUUGGCGUCAUCAACUACGGGUACAGGUUGAACAAGAGUGAGAGAUGGGACGUCUACUGCUACAACCCCAACUUGAAGGAAUGUGGAGGUACUCUGACAGACCAGCAGAGGAUCAUCCAGUCACCUGGUUACCCAGAGGAGUACCAGGAUGAGCAGAUCUGCUACUGGCACAUCCGCGUGCGCUAUGGACAGAGGAUACGUCUGCACUUCCUGGAGUUCGACGUGGAGGAGGACACAGGCUGUCUAGCAGACUUUCUAGAGAUCUAUGACGGCUAUGACGACAUCUCUGGCUUCGCCGGAAGAUACUGUGGAGAUUAUUUACCAAAUGAUGUAAUAAGCACAGGGAAUGUGAUGACACUAAAGUUCCUGUCCGAUGCCUCUGUAGUCGCAGGAGGCUUCCAGAUGGAGUACAUUGCUGUGAACGCUUCUCUCCUCCACUUCCAGAAUGACACCAGCUGUUGCUUCACCUGACCAAUGUUUUUUUUUUUUUUUACAUUUCAGUCAUGAGUUUCCAUAAGCACACAUCACUUGCGCUAUGCAGUAUAACAAAAAUAAUUACUGAAAAAUAUAAAUCACCAAAAUAUACAAUAUAAUAUACUGCGCUAGGCAGUAGGCACUGCAAGCCCCGGGAGUGACGCGGUGCCUGGUUCACAACGCAGUGGACCACUCACGUCCCCCACCCCUACAGCACCGGUUAUGCCACGUUCAAAACAACUGGUAACUCGGAAAAUACAAGCUCCGACUGGGAAAAAUAUUUUGAACGGUCAUCCAACUCAGAAUUCCAAGUCGUGUUUCCGACCUGAAGAUCACCGACGUCGUGAUUUGAUCUCGUUUUUUUUUUAGUUCCCAGUUGUCUUUAAAGCACCAAUAGAUGUCAUUAUCGCCACUCAGCAAAACGCCUGUCACUCAGUCAGAGAGUUUGGGUAUUUGGAACUUCUAACGAAAGAGUGCCCCAAAACAAAAAGGAGCAGGUUGAGGCAACAGGGAGGUGGAGAGGGCAGAACAGCCAGAAAGUCUGUGCAGAAGCAGCAGAGUUAACCACAGGUUUGUGCAGGGUUGGUGGUAGCUAACUACACUGAACAAAAAUAUAAACGCAACAUGCAACAAUGUCAAAGAGUUUACUGAGUUAAAAUUCAUAUAAGGAAAUCAGACAAUUGAAAUAUAUUCAUUAGGCCCUAAUCUAUAGAUUUGACAUGACUGGGAAU